AUGCCGUCGUGGGUGGGCCAUUUACGCCGUGUCAAUGCACACAAUGUAUCAACCUUUCGACGUGCGCCGCUGGCUGAAAUUUCGGGAUCACUUGGGGAUCUUGGCACGCUCUUGCCACUCAUGAUUGCGUUAGCCGUGCAGGGCUCCAUUCACUUGGGUUCGACGCUAGUUUUCUCGGGCAUUUUUAACAUUAUCACUGGUGUCGUCUUUGGCAUCCCUCUCCCCGUCCAGCCCAUGAAGGCUAUUGCUUCAGCUGCCAUUUCUAGCGGAGAAAAUGCACCCAAAGAUGUUGUGACUGCCGCUGGUCAGUGGGUAGGAGCAGCAGUACUGGUCAUGAGUGUCACUGGCCUAUUGCGCUGGUCUGUAUCUGUUGUUCCUAUUCCCGUUGUUAAAGGCAUUCAACUUGGUGCCGGCCUGUCCCUGGUUGUAGGUGCUGGAACAUCACUUCUGCAACCGCUACACUGGGUGCAUCCUGUCCUGGACAACAGGCUCUGGGCCUUGUUCGCAUUUCUCGUCCUCAUUGUCACGCAGCGGCUACCCAAGUUCCCGUACGCUUUUAUAUUUUUUAUACUGGCCAUCGUUUUUGCUCUUAUUGCAGUUCUUACUUCCCAUCACCACUUGCCCUGGUUUCAUAUCUGGCAUCCUCACUUCACGCCGCCAGCUUGGUUCGGUCCUGGUGACAAUGCUCCUGCACUCUGGAUGGCAAUUGGACAGCUUCCUUUGACUACGCUCAACUCUAUCAUUGCCGUCACCGCUCUAGCAGCCGAUCUCUUGCCGGACCUCCCCACCCCAUCAGUAACUUCUAUCGGGAUCAGCAUCGCAUGUAUGAACCUCUCUGGUACUUGGCUGGGCGCGAUGCCACUUUGCCAUGGUUCGGGCGGUUUGGCUGCUCAGUACAGAUUCGGCGCACGCUCCGGCGCCAGCAUCAUCUUCCUGGGGCUUGUGAAGCUUCUUGUUGGGCUUAUUUUUGGCGAAACGCUAAUUGAUCUGCUAAAGUCGUACCCCAAGAGUAUUCUCGGAAUCAUGGUGCUCGCUGCUGGGUUGGAAUUAGCAAAGGUAGGCUACUCACUCAACAAGGGAGCUCCUGAUCUAUGGGAAGAAGCGGUCAGCGAGUCCUUUUCCGGCCGCAUCACUAGAGUUCAGAGAGACCCGUCUGAUGAGGAGCGUCUUGAGCGAUGGACUGUGAUGUUGAUGACUACUGCGGGUAUUCUAGCCUUCAAGAACGAUGCGGUAGGCUUCCUAGCAGGGAUGCUCUGCCACUGGGCGUAUAGGAUGUCUGAAUGGUUUAUCAAGAGAAAGAGGAAUCGUUUGACUCGGGGAGAGCGAGCCCCCUUGCUCAGUUCAUAA